AUGUAUAUCGAAAAGUACAUCAGUCCUAGUUUCCAUCUGACGAGCUCUUGCCGUAUGGCCGCCGAAGAUGAGGGCGGAGUUGUCAACAGCCAAUUGCUGGUGCAUGGCUUCAAGAACUUGAGAAUCGCCGAUGCAAGCGUUCUCCCAUCUGCGGCCCCUGCACAGCCCAUGGCCACUGUGUACAUGGUAGCGGAGCGAUGCGCUGACUUCGUGAAGGACACAUGGAGUCAGACUCACGUGGCUUGA